AUGCCCACUCCGGAAGAGGGUCCCUCCGUCCAUCCCUCGCCUCGCCCUGCCACGACCCCCGACCGGAUUCGAGGCACGGGAUCGAAGACUCGGGUGUCUGGGGCCGGCCAUUGGAUGAGCACCUUCUCCAGGCUGGACGGUUUAGCUACCCUACAGCCCAUCGGGGAAUACUAUGAGGCCGUCAUCCAACCCGGAGGCACCUCCGGGCCCCUGCAGCCGGCCGCAGAGAGAGUCGCCCAGUGCAAGCGAUUGGCUCGGGUGAUCAAGGAACAGCGUCCCAGUCGCCGGAGCCUUCCUGCAGACACUAUCCACCGAUUCCUCCCCAAUCGACAGGUGGUCUCCGAUCUGGUCACCCUCUACUUUGCCACUUUUGAAUACUGCUACCGCAUCCUGCACUUGCAGUCGUUCCGGGCAGAGUGCCAAAGUUGCAUGGAUGAUCCCGAGGCGGCAGAGAGCUCGUCCCUCCUGCAAGUUCUGCUGGUGCUGACCAUGGCAGGCCCCCUGCACGAUGAUGCGGAUGUACGCAGCGAGAUAGCGGAAAAGGCUCCAGUCUGGAUCCAUAUUGCCGAGACGUGGCUGUGCGCGCCCCUGGAAAAAAGCCGCUUGACUUUGAAAGCCAUUCAAAUCCACUGUCUAUUGGUUCUUUCCCGUCAGUUGCACCAAGUAGGAGCGGAUCUGGUUUGGAUCUCGGUCGGCGCGUUGGUGAGAAUGGCCAUGCAGAUGGGGCUCCAUCAAGAUCCCACCUUUCUCGGGGAGGCAAGCCUGCGACAGAAGGAAAUGCGAAGGCGACUAUGGUAUACGAUCCUGGAAAUGAACGCGCAGGCAGCACUGGACGCGGGGAUGUCGCCGAUGAUCACGGAUGAAGACUACAAUACCCUGCCGCCAUCCAAUCUGAGCGACCAGGACCUGGAUGAUAUGAUCCAGGAUGAAUCCCCGAAUCAGAUUUCCUUCCAGCAGAUCUUGGCCCGCUCCCUGCCGCUCCGACUACGUGCCACCCGGGUCAUCAACAGGCUGCAGGCGGGACCCUCAUACAGUGAGGUUUUGGAGCUUGGGAACCAGCUGGCCUCGGCGUGUCGCGACGUGGCCACUGCCAUUGACCAGACCGCACUCGCCCGCUCGGCAUCCCAAUUCGCAUCCAACUUCUGCAGUCACCUAAUCAAUCGCUUUUUACUCUAUCUGCACUUUUCGUAUGCGAUCAAAGCCACGACGAAUCCGCUGUACAGCCACUCCCGGAAGGUAUGCCUGGAAACCGCGCUCGAUCUUGUUUCCUUUCUUCAUGACGACGUUUACCAACGCGUCCUGCUCCGCGGAGGUGGCAUGUUCCGCGACAUCAUCACCCGAGGGGCCUUGGUCAUCUUUGUCGAACUCAGCUCGGAUACCGACGAGAGGACUUCGAUCUUCGCCAUAAAAAGGAGCCGUUCCCGCCGGGAGGGCCUGCUCCAGGACGCUCGCCGCGUGGUGCAAUACUCCAAAGACCGCAUUUCGCAGGGGGACACCAAUGUCAGGGGCUACGUCUUUCUGAGCAUGAUGAUGGCUCAAGCUGAGGCGCGUGUCAAUGGCUCCCCGGUCGAAGCGGCUAUUGCGACGACCCUCAAUCAGAGCCUGGAAACAUGCCACGGUAUCUUGAAAGGUAUGGCAGGGGAAGGUGGCAAGCUAUCAACCCCUGAUGUCGAGUUCUGGGCAUCCCACGGCAUGGUGCCCCCCGAAGAACUGGACGUUAGCUUCGAUUCGGACUUUGACGAAAGCUUCUUGGAUUUCUCAGGCUCUCAGCAGUGGGGAGAAACCUUGUUCUAGCAGUGUUGUAGGAAGGACCUGGGCAGAGAUUACAUUCUCAAUUGGUAGACUGGGUCAGUGAAAUCAUAAAUUUGGCUAGUCAAGGUUCCACUGAUGUACAUAUAGACUGCCCUGCAAGCAGGAAAGGAGAGGGGCGAG